AUGCCUGUCCCCAGGCCCGGGAGAGCCAUGGCCAGCCUGCGAGGGGACGCGGGGACCUGCCUUCUCUGGGCGCUGCUGCUGCUGAGUGGGGACCCAGGCUGCCAGGCCCAGAGGGCAGGUUGCAAAAGUGUCCAGUAUGAUCUGGUCUUCCUGCUGGACACGUCCUCCAGCGUGGGCAAGGAGGACUUUGAGAAGGUCCAGCAGUGGGUGGCCAACCUGGUGGACACCUUCGAGGUGGGCCCGGACCACACUCGCGUGGGGGUCGUGCACUACAGCGACCAGCCCACCACAGCCUUCGAGCUCGGCCACUUCGACUCCAGGGAGGCAGUGAAGGCGGCCGCGCGGUCCCUGGCCUACCAGGGCGGCCACACCAACACGGGCGACGCCCUGCGGUACAUCACCCGCCACAGCUUCUCCCCGCUGGCCGGCGGCCGCCCGGGGAACCGCGCCUUCAAGCAGGUGGCCAUCCUGCUGACCGACGGCCGCAGCCAGGACCUGGUGCUGGAGGCUGCGGCCGCCGCCCACCGGGCCGGCAUCCGCGUCUUCGCGGUGGGCGUGGGGGCGGCGCUCAGGGAGGAGCUGGAGGAGAUCGCGUCGGAGCCCAAGUCCGCCCACGUCUUCCACGUGUCCGACUUCGACGCCAUCGACAAGAUCCGGGGCAAGCUGCGGCGCCGCCUGUGCGAGAACGUGCUCUGCCCCAGCGUCCGCGUGGAAGGGGAUCGCUUUAAGCACACCAACGGCGGGACCAAGGAGAUCACAGGUUUCGACCUGAUGGACCUGUUCAAUGUGGAGGACAUCUUGGGGAAACGGGAGAAUGGGGUACAGAGCUCCUACGUCCGGAUGGGGUCCUCCCCUGUGGUGCAGAGGACCGAGGAUGUGUUCCCCCAAGGCCUGCCCGACGAGUACGCCUUUGUCACAACCUUCCGCUUCCGGAAGAGCUCUCGGAAAGAAGACUGGUACACGUGGCAGGUCAUCGACCAGUACGGCAUCCCACAGGUCUCCAUCCGGCUGGACGGCGAGAACAAGGCCGUCGAGUACAACGCCGUGGGCACCGUGAGGGACGCCGUCAGGGUGGUCUUCCGUGGCGCCCGCGUCAGCGACCUCUUCGACCGGGACUGGCACAAGAUCGCCCUGAGCAUCCAGGCCCAGAACGUCUCCCUGUACAUCGACUGUGCGCUGGUGCAGACGCUGCCCAUCGAGGAGCGGGAGAACAUCGACAUCCAGGGCAAGACGGUGAUCGGCAAGCGGCUCUACGACAGCGUGCCCAUCGACUUUGACCUACAGCGAAUUGUGAUUUACUGUGACUCCCGCCACGCGGAACUGGAGACCUGCUGUGACAUCCCCUCGGGCCCGUGCCAGGUGACCGUGCUGACACAGCCUUCGCCCCCGCCCCUGCGGCCGCCCACCUCUGGCAGUGAGCAAAUCGGGUUCUUGAAGACCAUCAACUGCUCCUGCCCCGCUGGAGAAAAGGGUGAGAAGGGUUGGAGCGGCCCCGUGGGACUCCCCGGCCCGAAGGGAGACAUGGGGGCCACUGGGCCACCUGGAGCUCCCGGACCCAAGGGCGAGAAGGGAGACUCGGGCCGAGGACCUCCUGUGUGGGGAGAAAAGGGUGAAAAGGGCUCCCUGGGCCUGCCCGGUCCCCCCGGGAGAGAUGGCAGCAAAGGCGUGCGGGGUGAGCCUGGCGAGCCGGGACUGCCUGGCGAGGUGGGCAUGCACGGGUUCCAAGGACCGCCUGGCCUGCCCGGACCUCCCGGCCACCUCGGGGCUCCUGGUCUUCAAGGAGAACGAGGGGAGAGGGGACCCCGAGGAGAAAAGGGGGAGCGAGGCCUGGACGGAUUCCCUGGGAAGCCUGGGCAGCCGGGAGAGCAGGGACGACCCGGCCCCCCCGGCACAGCCGGGCCCCAGGGACAGAAGGGUGACGUGGGGCCCGCAGGACCCCCUGGUGUGCCGGGCUCUGUGGUGCAGCGAGAAGGCCUGAAGGGCGAGCAGGGACCUCCAGGACCCCGGGGUCACCAGGGCCCUCCUGGGCCCCCAGGAGCUCAGGGUCCCAUGGGUCCGGAGGGCAAGGACGGACACCCUGGUCUGCAAGGCCUUCGAGGGAAGAAAGGAGAAGCCGGCGCACCUGGACUCGCUGGAUCGCUGGGGCCGCAGGGUCCCCCAGGACCCCCUGGUGUCCCUGGCGCCCCUGGGCCUGGAGGCCCCCCGGGUUUACCUGGAGAGAUCGGCUUCCCCGGAAAACCUGGGCACCCCGGGCAGGCGGGGCCACCAGGAAAGGACGGGCUGAAUGGACCCCCAGGCCUGCCGGGACCCAAGGGCCAGCCCGGAGACAGAGGGGAGGACGGACUCCCCGGGAAGCCCGGCCUGCGGGGUGACGUUGGGGAGCGAGGCCUGGCGGGCCGCCCUGGAGAGAAGGGACAGGCCGGCCUCCCGGGGGCUCCAGGGUUCCCGAGCCUGAGGGGAGACAGAGGACCGCAGGGAGAGAAAGGUGACCUGGGCCUCCCGGGGCAGAAAGGUGACCGAGGUGAAAAGGGUGAAGCUGGUCCAGCCGGCCCCCCGGGAUUACCUGGAACUACGUUCCCCUUCACCCCGCACCCAAGAGUGCCAGGAGAACGAGGACCAAAAGGAGAGAAGGGCGACCAGGGAGAACCUGGGGAGCCGGGGUCACAGGGCCGUCCUGGGGAACUGGGGCCUCCGGGACCCCCUGGGCUGCCGGGUGCCAAGGGACAAGAAGGCGCAUACGGGGUGCCUGGGGCAGCUGGAAACCCGGGCACUCCUGGUCCCGUCGGCUCCCCCGGCCCCAGCGGCCCCCCAGGAAGUGUGGGCCCCCCUGGGAUCAGAGGCCCCCCUGGGAAAGAUGGGGAGCGUGGCGAGAAGGGAGCAGCUGGGGAAGAAGGGAGCCCAGGGCCAGCAGGCCCUCGGGGGAAUCCCGGUGCUCCCGGGCUCCCUGGGCCUCCCGGAUCAGGGAAAGAUGGAGAGCCGGGGCUUCGUGGACCACCUGGGUUGCCUGGACCUCUUGGACUCAAGGGGGACCGAGGCGCACCUGGGAUCCCUGGCUCUCCUGGCCACCGUGGCGACCCGGGCAUCGGUGUUGCUGGCCCUCCUGGCCCUUCUGGACCGCCAGGAGACAAAGGACCCCCGGGAUCUCGAGGCUCACCGGGAUUCCCCGGCCCCCAGGGACCCGCUGGCCAGAACGGUGUGCCAGGAAGCCCAGGAGAGAGGGGGCCCCCUGGCAAACCGGGGCCCUCCUCACCACUGUCUCCGGAGGACAUACGUCUCUUGGUGAAGGACGUGUGCAAGGACUGCCCUCCGGGCCCCCCGGGCCUCCCUGGUCUGCCAGGUUUCAAAGGGGACAAAGGUCUCCCGGGGAAGUCAGGGAGAGACGGCACGGAUGGGAAAAAGGGGGAUGCUGGGCCCAGAGGCCCCCCGGGGCCCCCAGGAGUGGCUGGUGCGCAGGGAAGUAAAGGAGCCCCGGGAGCGGACGGCGAGGUCGGGCAGAAAGGCGACCAGGGUCAUCCCGGAGUUCCCGGUUUCAUGGGGCCUGCAGGGAACCCUGGACCACCAGGAGCAGAUGGAGCCGCGGGAGCUGCCGGAGCACCAGGGAUCCAAGGGCCAGCGGGGAAAGACGGCCCCCCGGGCCCCGAAGGCCCACCUGGGUUACCCGGAGCCCCGGGAGCAGAAGGCAAAGAGGGCAGAGAUGGAAAACCCGGCGCCCCCGGAGAGCCGGGCAAAGCAGGAGAGCCGGGUCUGCCAGGACCAGAGGGGGCCCGGGGCCCGCCCGGCUUCAAGGGACACACGGGUGAUGCCGGUGCUCCGGGCCCCCGGGGAGAGCCUGGCGCCAUGGGGCCCCCCGGCCGGGAAGGGUCACCUGGGAAAGACGGCGACGCUGGACCCACAGGGCCACAGGGUCCCCAAGGACUGAGGGGCCUACCGGGUAAGAACGGAUCGCCCGGAACUCCAGGGGACCCCGGCCCUCCGGGAAACCCAGGCCAGAAGGGAAGUAAAGGAGAAAGUGGCAGCCCAGGACUCCCUGGCUUCCUGGGUCCUCGUGGGCCUCCGGGGGAGCCCGGAGAGAAGGGAGCCCCCGGCAAGGAGGGUGCCCCCGGGAAGCCUGGUGAAGCAGGGCCCAGAGGAGAAAGGGGAGAUCCUGGGGUCAAAGGAGACAAAGGAGCUCCCGGUGGACACGGUCAGCCCGGGGAUCCCGGAAUCCCAGGCCACAAGGGCCACACGGGUCUGAUGGGCCCCCAAGGUCCACCUGGGGAGAGUGGGCCGGCCGGGCCCCCGGGGCCUCCGGGCCAGCCAGGGUUUCCAGGACUGAGGGGCGAAUCUCCCUCCCUGGACACCCUGCGGCGACUCAUCCAGGAAGAAGUCGGGAAACAGCUGGAAACCAAACUCGCCUACCUCCUGGCUCAGAUGCCCCCGGCACACGCGAAGGCAUCUCAAGGCAGACCUGGGCCCCCGGGGCCCCCUGGAAAAGAUGGGCUUCCAGGCCGGGCAGGCCCCGUGGGGGAGCCGGGACGGCCCGGGCAGGGGGGUCUGGAAGGACCAUCUGGACCAGUAGGUCCCAAAGGUGAGCGAGGAGCCAAAGGUGACCCAGGGACGCCAGGUGUUGGCCUCCGAGGCGAGAUGGGCCCCCCCGGAAUCCCAGGUCAACCCGGGGAACCUGGUUACGCUAAAGAUGGGCUUCCUGGGGGUCCCGGCCCUCAAGGGGAGACCGGACCAGCUGGACACCCGGGCCCCCCAGGCCCGCCAGGCCCCCCUGGCCACUGUGACCCCUCCCAGUGUGCCUACUUCGCCAGCCUAGCCGCCCGCCCAGGGAAUGUGAAGGGCCCCUAG